AUGGCCCAGAUCAAAGGCCUCAAUGCUCAUGAUCGCCCGCCGGAGGCUGUGCGGCAAUGCUACAAGAAGUACUCAAAAUGUUCUUUGUCGGAAAUUGAUCAUGACCCCGAGAUCCUUGACCUUCAACGACUAGAUCCGGACCAGCCUCCUGCGAGUAUAUCCGUCUCGCAGUACAUGUCUAGUCAAGAUCUCCGGCUUGCAUUCGAUGAUUUCAUUCGCGGCAGCCAUGCCUCGGACAAGGAACAUGCUCCUCUUGCUGAGAAUAUUCCAGUCUUUACACACAAUGCAGUAUCCGGCCUUUUGAUGAUACCCUCUCUAUACCCUCCUACCGUUCAAAUCGAGUUACUCUCUCGCCUAUUCCACCGCGACCUCCCUAAUCCCGAACACAAGACCAACCUCCACCUACACUACGAUGUCACAUACCCCGAAAGACUGGAGAAUCAAGACACCCCGAAGUCAUUCUUCGCUGAUGACCCGACACGAAUACUUCAACCAAAAGAUCCCCAGGUGCAUAAACCUCUUACAGUCCAGAGCGUGUUGGAAAAGAAGCUCCGGUGGGUCACCUUGGGAGGCCAGUACGACUGGACUGCCAAAGUAUAUCCGUCCGAGGCGCCACCACCAUUUCCAACAGAUGUCGCGAAGCUGUUGAAGGCGGCGUUUCCAGAGACGGAUGCCCAAGCAGCGAUUCUGAAUCUAUACUCCGCUGGAGAUACCCUCAGUGCGCAUCGGGACGUGAGUGAAGAGUGCGAUAUUGGCCUGAUUAGUGUGAGUUUUGGCUGCGACGGUCUAUUCCUGAUUAGCCAUGACGAUGGGAAUGGAGCGGAAGUAAUCCGACUCAGGUCGGGCGACGCCGUAUACAUGGAUGGUACAUCGCGCUUUGCUUGGCACGGUGUCCCCAAGAUCCUGCCAGCCACUUGCCCCAGUUGGCUGGCAGACUGGCCAUCUCUUGGAGAAGAUGCGCCUGCUACCCACUCUCCCUAUGAUAUGUGGAAAGGAUGGAUGUCCGGGAAACGGAUCAAUCUCAAUGUACGGCAGAUGACAAGUCCUGCUCCAUGA